ACUCCACUUGCCUCACCCGUCGGCGAGGAACUCCCCGAGAUCCCUCUCACCAGUUCUUGGCUCCGUGACCUGUAUUUGUGGUGAAUAAAAGGCUCAAAUGGAUGUGUAUGGUCACUUACUCAACAAUACUAGAGGACAGCAUGCGAGCAACUAAGUAUUGAUCCUUUAAACAAUUCACCAUGCAGAAGUAAAAAGGAGGAAGAGAAGGAUCUUCUCUUACUGUACCAGCAAUGGUCGAAGUAUGGUGGUCCCUUCUGGGAGCUGCUAUUCCAGCCGUCGUUGCAGGGCAAGCUUUUAGGAUCAAGAAACGGCGUGCAGAAGAGCAAAGAAUAAAGAGUGCUCGUGGAAGAGAGAAGACGUCUGAUGAUAUAUUCGUCUGUGAAAGGGUCUGUACGUCUAAAAGGAUGCUCAAGAAGGUUGGGGCAUUCUCAAAGGACCCCAUUCCUGAUACCUGUGUCACUGUUUGCGGAGUAUCUGAGCUCGACGCCUGCUCUGAUGCGUGCGCUCGCACUGUCUGUGUCAACCAGCACCAGGUACCAAACUGGAAUGAUGUUUGUCUCAAGAGGUGUCAGAGUGAAUGCCUUAAACUCUCUGCUUCUUAGUGCAUUUUCUCUUUUAGCUCAUCAGUUGGCAUGUUUUAAUUGACUGCUUCAAGGGUAUAUGCAAUUUGUUGGGCAUGCGGGGGACCAUCUUUUCUGAACUGAUUAGUUUGUUUAUGAAUUUCUUCAAGGGUACACCUAAUAAA